UUAAUAAGCCAAAAAAUAAUGCAUCUGAAGUAUUUCAACAACAGACAUUAUAAAACCUCGCUCAAUUUUUAAGGCGUCUGUCAUGUGUAAUGCCCAGUAUUUUUAUUUAUCCUAUCAAUUAACAACUUAAUAUACAAUUUUUAAUAUCAGAGCAAAGUCGUUUCAUUUGUACCAAUUCCAUAAGCAAAUAUUUGAUAUUCCCAUUCAAAUGUCUAACUGUAACACAUUAAGAACUUUUGACCUGGCAACGCACAUGAGAGUAUUACCAAAAAGUUAAAAAGACAUGAAAUAUUUCGUGCUUCUUUUUGUGGUUGCAGUUAUAGUUUCUAGUUCAAAAACUGAAAAUGUUACCAAAUUUCAAAGGAAAAAUAUUUUUCUUUCGAGAAAAAAAAGAUACGUGCAAUGGCCCAAAGGUAGCAAUUUUGUGAUAAAUUUUACGUGCACAAAACCACUAUUAAGAUACCAACCAUUAACAUGGAACACAGUAUACGAAAUGGAUGUACCAUUUGCAGUUCCAGCAGAUAAUAAAAUAUUUUUUAAACACAGGACCAAAAGACACGUAAUGGAAAGGAAAAAUUUGUUAGAACAUUUGGAGGAUUUUAUGACCCUAGUAGGACUUAAUGGGCGAGCGUGUAUAAAUAGAUUACUAUGCGAGUCGCAUACAUUUACUCAAUCUGGAAAUACAUCUAUGUUAAGGGAACUUAUCAAAGUACUUUUUAGUUCUUUUCUCGAUGACGACCACUUUAAGGAAUACAGUAAUAAAUGUGAAGAGGAAAGUUUUAAUGCAUGCCCUACUUCAAUGUUGAAUAUCUUCCUGAAUUUGCCAAAUAAAGAUGAAAAUUUGUUUCAACCAGUUUAA